AUGGAGUUAAAGCAAUCUUUGUCCAUCCACCUGGAAGCUGAGAAACCUUUGAGGCGCUAUGGGGCGGUGGAGGAGACGGCGUGGAAAGCGGAGGGAUUGGGGAGAAAUCAGCUGGACAUCAUCUCCAUGGCAGAGACAACCAUGAGGCCAGAGGAGAUCGAGCUGGAGAUGGCGAAAAUCCAGCGUCUCCGGGAAGUCUUGGUCCGACGGGAGUCUGAGCUCAGGUUUAUGAUGGAUGACAUCCAGCUCUGCAAUGACAUCAUGGACUUGAAGCAGGAGCUGCAGAACUUGGUCGCCAUCCCAGAAAAAGAAAAAACCAAGUUGCAGAAACAGAGAGAGGACGAGCUAAUCCAGAAGGUCCACAAACUGGUGCAGAAGAGAGACUUCCUGGUGGACGAUGCGGAGGUCGAGCGGUUGAGGGAGCAAGAAGAAGACAAGGAAAUGGCUGAUUUUCUGAGAAUCAAGUUAAAACCUCUAGACAAAGUAACCAAAUCUCCAGCCAGCUCCCGAGCAGAGAAGAAAGCAGAGCCCCCACCUAGCAAGCCCACGGUGGCCAAGACGGGGCUGGCGCUCAUCAAGGAUUGCUGCGGGGCCACCCAGUGCAAUAUCAUGUAG